UUCUCUGACCCCGCCCCUCCCCGCAGGGCCCCUCCCUGAGCCGCUGCAGCGUCUGUGGGAUCUGUGUGCUCGGCCCCUCCCCCCGACCCCUGCACCGCCCCCGGAGCUGCCCCCGGAGCUGCCCAGCGAGGUGGAGGUGCUGCGAGAGGCGCUGGAGCCCAGCCUGGCCCCGCCCAGCUCAGAGAUUUCCCUGGAGCCGAUGGAGGAGGAGCCGAGUGCCCCGCCCCUUCCGGCCCCGCCCCCGGAAGUGCUGCCGGAGCUGCCGGAGGCGCCGCCCAUCAUCGACCUGCGCAGCCUGAUCCUGGACCACGCCCGAGUGCCGGAGGGGGCGGAGCUUGGCGCCAUCCUGAGCCCUGAUUGGCCGCGGCCCCGCGUGGCCCAAACCUUCGCGCUGUGCUUGGAGCUCUGCGCCUCCCAUUGGCUGAAGCUGGAGCAGGCGCAGCCCUACGGACCAAUCAGGAUCAAGCUCCGCCCCGGGCGCCAAUAAACCACGCCCACUUCGCCUUA